CACUGAAAGGUUGUUAAAUUUGUCAAAAACAAAAAUGAAAUUUUGCGUUAUUGGAGCCGGCGUUCAGGGAAUUUCAGCUGCUUUGGAGCUUCAAAGUCAAUUUCGUAACUCUGAAGUGACUUUAAUUGCUGAUAAAUUUUGCGGAGAAACAACGAGUGAUGUAGCAGCUGGAAUUUUCAGACCGACAGUUAAUUUUACAGGAGCUUCGUGGGAGCUUUCAUGCAAAGUUCUUCGCGAUUCUUAUGAACAUUGGGAUGAACUGCGAAAGGGAUCAGAUGCUGGUUUAAACGGCGUUACGCAACUUUCUGGUUAUAUAUUUUCCAAACGAAGCCCUGAAACUGUCAAAAAUCCUUUGAUGAAGGAAAUUGUUCCUUUGUAUCGAACUGCGACUCAAGAUGAGCUUGAACUUUGUAACGGAGGUUGGAAGUACGGAUCUUUUUAUAACACUUUAAUUACCGAUUGUGGUCUUUAUCUUCCAUGGGCCUUGAAGAAAUUCAAACAAAAUGGCGGGAAAACUCAUAAAAUGGUUUUAAAGUCAUUUUCUGAGCUUCAAAAUGAUUCUUACGAUGUUGUCAUAAAUUGCGCCGGGCUUGGAUCCCGCUUUUUAUGCAACGAUACAAACAUUGUACCAAUUCGAGGACAAGUUUACAAAGUUCAUGCUCCAUGGAUAAAAAUGGCUUUCUAUGCUGAUGACGAUACUUAUGCCAUUCCUGGAUGUCGUUCUGUAUCUCUCGGAACUUGCAGCAACUUUGACAAUUACAAUACGGAAUGGAAUGAGUUUGAUGCUGCUUCAAUUCGUCAACGUUGCUUCUCUUUACUCCCAAGUUUGAAAAAUGCAAAAAUCAUCGAGAAACGAGUCGGCUUAAGACCUUAUCGAAACCCAUUGAGACUUGAAAUUGAAUUGAAAGAAGAUGUCAAUGGAAAAGUCAUGAAAAUCGUUCACAAUUACGGACACGGAGCUUUCGGAGUAAUGUCUGCUCCGGGAUGUGCUAAAUUCGCUGUCAAUCUUGCACGAGACGCCAUCAAGUCAAACAGCAAAUUGUAAUAAAAUCGCCUUAAAAACAAAUAAAGAAAGAAAAAUCA